AUGAAUGGAAGUGUUGCUUUGGUGUGGUGUCUCAUGGCGGUGGCAGCUCGAGCCGCGGUUGGUAACCUAGACUGUGGUCGGACUUGUCUUUCGGGGGCGAUCACUUCCUUCCCGUUCUGCGCCGUCGACCAGCUGGAUUGCCAAUGCGGCCCCAACGAGGACGACAUAGGUGCGAGGGCCGGGAACUGUAUCGAUGCUCAGUGCGGACCUAGCCCUGUUCAGCUCCGGGAUCAGGUUCUUUCCUCGUUCUCGGCGGUCUGUUCCUCGUUUCAUCGGCGAAAAACUUCGUCCCGGGCGGCAAGCCCUGUUCCUACCCAGGCCCGGACUACAUUCAUCACAACCGUUGUAGUCACCGACGGUUCAACUGGGCACGCUGAGACGAAGACAGUCACAGAGACGGUCGGAUUGGAACCUCCAUUGACUGACAGUGUGACUUCCAGUGUACUGUCUCCAGCAACCCCGUUUACGGAUACGUACACUAGGCUCGCCACAACAUCUCCAGCUCAGCCUUCGCAGCCCGCAGGCACUGGUGACAGCGGCACUCCAGGUCUCGCCAAGAAGUACCAGAUCAUUAUCGGCACCAUGGUUCCUGUAUCCGUGAUAGUCACCACCUACCUGGUGUACCGAUUGCACAUACGGCUGCGGAUUUCUAGCUCCCGCGAUCGAUCUGACCCGAGGGUCGACGGGGUGAACCAGACGACGCAGACCGAAGGGCCCAGCUGGCCAGUCGGCCCUAGUUGCUUUGGCCGAGGCCUCGGCUCAGGUGCCCCGGGUAGAGUGAGGGAGACGCAUAACCUUCGGCCUUCCAGGGGCUGUGAAGGGGUGGAAUGCCGAGACACAUACAGCGAGAGGCGUCUUACAGUGCAUGCCAUUCGGCAUUAA